GUCAAACAUCAUUUGUAAUCGCAUUUACGAUGUAAAGAGUCUGGUGAAAUUGUUUUGUACUUAACUACUUAGUAUUUUUAGUGUUUGUUAUUGUUUACAACAGUUUUGCUCGUGGAAUGUUUAUAAUUUACAAUAAAUAAGUAUUAGGCAAAGUGAAAUUAUGACGACGAAUAUAUUUCGUAAGAUAAUGUUAGCAGGAUAGGUAACUCAAAGUGUGUACUCCGUUUUCCAAGUUUAGUGUACAAAAAAUUGGAUUUUAGCUGACCGUCCAGGCAAAUCCGCGUGACCCAAUACCGCCGCAACAAUGUUUGAGGGAGCCGUCGCCGGCAUCCUGAACCGGCUGCUGGGCAAGUACGUGCAGGACCUGGACACGGAGAACCUCAACGUGGGCAUCUUCUCCGGCAACGUCAACCUCACUGACCUCAAGCUCAAGCCUGAAGCCUUGUAUGAAUUAGAUCUUCCGAUCGAUGUUAAAAUCGGCACCAUCGGUCGCAUCAACCUCCAGAUCCCGUGGUCCGGCCUCUACACUCAACCUGUGGUAGUCAACAUCGAAGAUGUCCUAAUCCUCGUGGGUCCAGCUAUCUCCAACAGCUACUUCGAUCCAGACAGAGAGAAAAGACUCAUGAGAGCCGCCAAGCGGAAGAUCUUGCAAGACCUAGAAGCAGAGAGCGAGAUCUUGAAAGGACCACAGAAUUUCUUCGAGAAUCUGUUUACGGCUAUUGUAGAUAAUCUGCACAUUUACGUAAGGAAUGUUCAUAUUCGUUAUGAGGAUUCUAUCAGUUCGAAAGACGGACCGUUGGCUUGCGGUCUUUGCCUCCAAAGUCUUUCGAUUGAGACUACCAAUAGUAAAUGGAAACCAUGCGUGACUCCACCUAACGCAUCAACGGUCUACCAGAUGAUGCGUAUUGAAUCAUUGUCCUUUUAUUGGAAUCCAACGGCUACUGCUUUGGAUGACAACGAGACAGCCCACAUCACACCCAUACAGUAUUAUAACUGGAAGCAUUAUAUGCUGACUGGUCUGGACAAGUUCUCCAUGCAUCAUGAGGAUUUUGAAUUCCUGCUGAAACCAGUAACUUCCAAAGUGAAGGUCAUCAUCAACCGGUCUGGCGAAGCUCGGGUGCCUCGGCUACUGCUGGACGCCGUGCUUCAAGACAGUGCUCUGCAGCUCUCCAGGAGGCAAUACUUGUCGAUAGAUAACCUCCUGGCAUCGUUUGCUAGGAUCAAAUUGAAUAGAAAAUAUCGGCAUCUCCAUCCGGGCGUUCCACUUUCGAAGGACGUGAAGAAGUGGUGGCGUUACGCUUACAAUGUAGUCGUUGAGCAGAGAGUUAGGCCUUAUACUUGGGCGGCGGUGAAGAAGCACAGAGAAAACUAUAAUGUCUACAAGAAGGUCUACAAGAGCACCCUGAGGAGUCCCAAUGAUACCGAGUUGAAGCUGGAUUUGCAGAAGUGCGAAGACAACUUGCCUAUAAUAUCCGUCGUCAUUGCUAGAGAACAGGCUAAAUUUGAACUUCUGUCACAAGAACCCGACAGGAUUGAAGUAGUUGAGAGUGAAUUUGAUUGGUGGAAGCCCACUAGUUCGGAUUCCGAAAGUGAUGCUGAAGAGAAGACCCAUGUUGAGCUGUGCGUCAAAAGUGAGCGCUCCAAGAGUCUUUGGAGUCAUCUCUCCAGCCCAGAGAAGAAGAAAGUUUGUGAGCUAAUCGGUUUUGUGGAGGGAGAGAAAAGACCAGACAAGUCCAAGCAAUAUAUUGAGCAUAAACUAAAUCUGACGUUAGCCAACUGUUCCUUAACACUGAUGAACCGCAGUAAAGAAGUACUGGUUGUUACCCUGACGCAGUUUCUGGCUUCGUUGGAAACGAGACCCUCGGCGAAAGCGUAUAAGUUAUCAGCUAGAGCAGAAAGCAUAGUUAUAGAAGGUGCCACAUCUGAUGGCGAGUUGGUACCUCUUCUAAGCGCGGAACGUGGCCAAGCACCGACAGGAGCCAAUAAUAUCUUAGCUGUAGACUUCGAGAGGAAUCCUUGUAGCACUGUGGAAGCCGAUUAUGGACUCUGUGUGUUGAUGGAGCCGGUGGAGAUACUGUAUAUCGAGCACGCGUUCACGGAGCUGAUAAACUUCUUCCAAACCCACUCGAUGUCGGCCGAGGAGUUGUCUGAAGAGUUCCACGCAGCCGCGGCGGGCGCGGCGCGGGUUAGCCGCGCGGUGCUCGCGUAUGCCGUCAGUCGACGGAAACUGUUCCAAGUCAACGUUGAUAUCAAAGGGCCUUGUAUCGUCCUGCCUGAAUAUGGAUGUGUGCACAAAUCCGGGCGUGUGGUAGUGCUUGACAUAAGCCGCAUCAUAAUAAAGUCGGACUUGCAGCCAUCCAACCUGAUGCUUGAGGAUGCCACUUGUAUGGAGCUUGAAGAGCGCUUGUAUGACAGAUUGCACGCUGAAUGUAAUCUGCAGGUUUUGUUUAGCGAGUGGGACGAGCCUUGGCGGGAACAACGCAAGCAUGCUGAUUCGGAACUACACCUGAUUCCGAAGAUCAAAGCACAAGUGGUCUUCUCUAACAGCAUAAAGAAAGACUAUAAAUUAUUGCCAAGAUACAAAUUGAAUAUAUCCCUAUCGAGCUUGAAGCUGAACCUCUCGGAUCGUAUCAUAAGCCUUCUCCUAGACUUCUGCGACAAUUUGCCUAUACCUGUACCCAACACGGUCCCAGUGUCAUUUAUGGACUCGGGAGACUACGUUGAAGACGUGGAGGAUCCUGAGCUGAUGGAGCUGUUCCAAAUGGACACGGUGAACGCAGACCCGGGGUAUAAGGAGCUGGUGAAUCUAAGGCAGAAGAUCGUCAACGCAUACUUGAGUCGGCAUAGGGCGGCCGAGUCGACGUACGACAAAGCAGGCGCUCGCCUAGGCUUCCAAGAGAGUACGCAGGCAUUCGUGUCCUCAGAGCACAGCGACGAAGAUAUGGAAGUGUACGCCCGAUCCGUGGACCUACCCGGGUUCGACGACAACGUUUCGCCGAGCAACAACAUCAACAUGCUGCUGAGGUUUAUAAUCGGUGAGGUGGUGAUCAACGUAUCACGGUCUACGGAGCAAGUGGACCGGCCGUACAUAAUGCUGAUCAUCAGCAAGGUCUGCCUGGACGUGGCCCUGAUGCAGUACGGGCCUGCCGUCCAGCUGUCCAUCGCGCAGGCACUCCUUACGGACAAACAGCACCACAGCAUCAACGGACAAUACCUCGAGUUGCUGACCAGCUCCGGGGAGCUAUUCAAUCUACUCUAUCGGAAGGUUCGAGCGGACUGUCCCGAGUUCCGUUCCCACUUCCACAGUGUGGAACAGUCUCUAGUGCUGGACACUGGACCUGUUUCGUUUCUACUACAUGCGCUUGCACUGAACACACUCAUCAAGUAUCUGCAGUACGUGAGCGACAAAAUUCAAAAUCGCCACUCUUUGAACGUAAAGAAGAUAGUGGUGCCCAAAACAAACUCCCUGUGGAACUACCUAAUGAAGCCCGAAUUAGAUCCACCAGUGCCUUCUGGGGCUACCAAAUUCAGUUAUUCGGUCAGGGCAUCUUCGAUAUCUCUUAAGUUGUGUCACUUAGACUGCGCUCUUUUGGAAAUGCGACUAUCGGGAUUGGAGAGUGACUGCGUGUUUAGAGCCAAUGACCGCUGCAUUUUCCGACUAUAUCUCAGUUCUCUGCACCUGGACGAUAUGUCUGACGCCACUUUAUAUCCAAAGCUCGUAUGGCCGGACGAGGACAAGGUGCUAGAGAUCAAGUACGUACGCGCAGCUCCGAGAUAUUACGGCGAUGAGAAACAACUCAAGGCGCACGGGGAGUUGCGCAUAUACGUGGGCAGGCUGCAUGUAGUCCUGUUUUACUGUAUUCUGCACCAUCUCCAGCAAUUUCUAGAACCUCUAAUACCGAGUACAGCGGCGGGAGAGGCCGCGGCUGUCGCUGAACGGACUGCGCAUAAACAUGCCGAAGGUCUGAGGACUUGUUCUGCGAGACUUAACUUGGUCAUCGAGAUACACGCACCUGUGUUGUUGUUACCUCAAAAACCUUCGUCUCCCAAUUUACUGGUCCUAAAUAUGGGUGACCUGACAAUAGAGAACUUUUUCAAGCAAGUGAACGCGGGUCAGGAGGUCAGCAGUCCCGGUCAGAGUCCUGUCAUUGACAACAUAUUGGUGAAGCUUGUCAACAUCACGUUGUCGCGUGCCGUUAUGACCCUUGCUGGUACACUUGAGGUUCAAGAGCCAAUCUUAGAACCGGUCUCAGCUCGCUGCGAUAUGAAAAGAGCUGUUGGAUACACACAACUAGCUAGUGGCAGCAGUAACCGUGAGAUAUUGGCAUUGGAAGCGGAUGUCAUUAUUGAUAGUGUUCUUAUGAACAUUGGAUCGAAAGACUUGGCUACAAUGCUGGCUGUGUGGAGUGAUAAUCUCAGCGAAGGGCAUUAUAUAGGAAGCAUAGUUCCAAGUUCUCCUGUAGAAAUGGCUCCAACAGAUGUGUCGGUAAAAAAGUUGCAAGCAUUUUUAGCACAAGGAGAAGUGAUUAGGAAAGAAGCCGUUUUGAGAUUCACCCUCGACGGCGUAGAGUUGAAACUGUUCUCUGACAUGGACGAAGUGUUGAGCUCUCCUGUCCGCGACCUGAACCACGGGCUGGCGAAGCUGACGGCCGGCGAAGCUACAGUACAACUGGACCAUUACUCCGAUGGAAGCAUCGAGAUGAGGGCCAGUCUGCAGAGCCUGCUCAUUGAAGAUAUCAGGCCGGACCCUACUAUUGUCAUAAAGAAGAUCUUCCAAUGCCAAGGCGGUGCGACUCGAGCGUCGUGCGGUAUUAGCGUUCGCCGACCGCCGCUCAUAGACUGUAGCGUGCGCGUGUCACCCGCCCCGCGACCCGCCGCGCAGCUAGACGUGCGCGUGGACCGCACGCGCGCCAACCUCGCGCCCGCCUUCCUGCUGCAGCUGGCGCGCACGCUGCUGGACGCCGUGCCGGGUGAGAAAGUGUUAGAAGGCGGUGUGGUGAACCACGGGUAUGUGGGCGAGCCCGCCGCCCGCCCCACCGUGCGCCCGCCCUCUUGCAGCGAAUCCAGUGGAUACUAUUCCGCAGCGACAUCAAUAGCCGAGGAAACUCCCGGUCUGUCCAUAUCGAUCCAGUUCCGUCAGCCGGAGGUGAUGUUCUUCACGGACCUGAGCAAGAACGAGGGUCACGCGCUGCUGCUACGAGCUGAGCUGAUGGUGGAUUACUCCAGCCACUGCAGCUCGGAGAACCUGGUCGUCUCCUUAGCUGGACUGCAGGUGAUGUCGAAACUGCAAUCCAAGUUGAAGAAUUUACCACCACAGCCGGUAUUGAAGCCGUGUGACGUGGAAUUCUCCAAGAGCUUUAAGAACGUAGAGGAAGGAGUGAGAGUGAAGCUGACCGUUUCAGAAGUGGAAGUGCAUGUUGCUGCCACUACUGUUCACACGGUCAUGGAUAUCAUCGAAGAAAUUACAACAGAAUUAACGAUCCCAGAUGAGAAAGAGCCUUUCAAUUUUGCAACCUAUCAUCCCAAAAUGGAGAAGCAGGACGAAGACCUUUGGUCUCCGAAGAAACUGACGCCAUACGUAAUGAUGAACACGGAGGACAGUUACGUGCAGCCGCAGUAUCCUAGUGUGAAGCCUUCGGAGACGCUGCUAGUGUCCAUUCCAAGUAUCAGGAUUUUAUUGGAGAUUGAGCAUACUGAAAGAGUACCGGUGCUGAUGAUGAAGCUUUCCAGCGAGAUGAUGCUUCACGACUGGUCUCGACAGCUGCACGGCAGCGCUUCCCUAACUGCGGUCGCGAGCUGUUACAACGAACGCCUCGACGUUUGGGAACCGCUGAUAGAGCCGGUGGUCGUCAACGAGAAUUUGCAACGACCUUGGGAGUUGACAGCUACUAUCUUCCAGGCAAAAGCUUACCCCAUGUCAUCAAAGCUCGACACAUCCAUCCAACCAGACGCCGAAGACUUAUCCUCCUCCGAGCAAACGAAAAAGCCUAAAAAGAAGAACGAAUUCGAGUCAGAAACCUCAGCUGACGAAUGCGACACUGAUAACGAAAUGACGUUUAUAAGGAAUCCGAACGGUAGAGAGAGCAAACACUAUAGCGUUGACUUCAGCGCUGGGAACAUGUCGCUACUGGGAGCUCUGGACGUUGACGAAUCCGAUUCUGAGAACGAGAAUGGCCUCAUGGAUAAGCUGGCGACGGCUUUCGGACAUCUGUUUAACGAUGAUUCAAGCGGUGAUGAUGAUCAAAGCAAUGACGAAGAUUCGUCAGCUCCAGAGCAAACAGAAGUAGAUGCGACCGACAACGAGGAUAAUGACAAGGCGGUGUCGUUUACGGACGGAGAUCAUAAGAUCAAGAAGGAUGCGGAGCACAAGACGGUAACACUACAGGAACCGAUCCGCGAGGACAGCGUCGACUCUGGCUUGGAGACGGAAAGCUUCCAAGAGCGUUUGUGCACCUACCUGAUCUUGGAGGCGAAGCAAGCGCUCAACGUGACGAUCACUCCGGCCGGGGCCCGCGCUCUGAUCACAUUGAGCACCGCCUGCAGCGACCGCACCGCCGCCGUCACCGCCAUCGUCACCGCCGUCACCCCCCUCACGCUCGUCAACGACAUCGGUCCUGGUUCUACGGUACAUCUUCGCACUUCCACUGAAACUGACUUGGCGGGAAACGAUCGAGUGAUAGCUAUUGCCGACUACGACGUUGAUACAAGCAGACCCAGUACACCCGGAUGCGACACAUCGGGAGCUGAUCUUUUAGAAGAUGCUGCGAAAGAGUCCAAACCUGAAGUGGCAGACGUCGGUGAAGAUUGGGAUUGCGUGUUCGAGGGGGGGUUCCCGGCGAGCGGCAUGUCUCCGGCGGCGGCGGCGCCCGAGCCCGCGCGCCUGCUGCGCCGCCUCACCGAGCUCACGCUCUCCAUUAGAUUGCACGAAUUACAGCAAUUGACGAUACUUUGUCCGCAACGCAACAUCUCUAAGUUGCACGUACUCCACCCGAGCAAGAACAAUACCCGCUACUACAUCGUCGUGGAGAGAACGUCCAGGUACAACAACAAAAAGAUUGUCGUCAGGUCUCCGCUGCAGAUACGGAACGAGACAUCAUACGCCCUCGAGUUGUUCUACAAGAAGACUGACCUGCAAGCCAUCGGGGCGGACCUGAUUGGCUCCCUCACCAACCCUUUCGACGACAAGAUGCGACUGGCAGUCAUCGCGCCCCAGGACACCUACAACGUGCCCCUGUACAUCGCAUACCACUGCAAACUCUUCCUGCUGCCGUCUAACUUUGAGUCUUACCAGACUGCGACGCAAGGUAUCUGGUGGAUGGAGCUGGCAAACGACUUGGGAACCCCACGAGAUAUGAUCUGCCCCGCUAAGGACGGAGAGGACAACAGGAUAUUCGCUAUGAGGAUACUAACAGUAGAAGGAUGCCAGUCUCACAAAGUGACGCGAGCUAUCCCCAACUAUCUGAUCCGCGUGUUACCGCCGCUGGCGAUAUACAACCGUCUCCCAUACGCUUUGGAACUGUCCUGUCCUGCGUUAGACUGGCGAGUGAGAGUCGAAGCUGGAGAAAGGACUCACAACUAUACGCUACAAUUGACCACACCCCAUCGCCUUACCCUCGACAUUCACUACAUGGGUUUACCGUGGACUGGGAGUUUCACGCUUUCACCAGACGUGAACGAGAAAAACAUAAAUAUGUCGAGCGAGUGCGACAGGGACAGCAACAGGCGGCAGUUGCUCGUGUGCCUCAAGGUGGAGCGGCACGAGUGCUGGCAGCUGCACAUCCACGCACAGCACUGGUUCAUCAACAAGACGGGGCUGCCGUUGCAGCUUAAGGGUCAACACACGGACGUAUGGCACGAGGUGACGGACGAGCCGUUGCUAUGGCGCGCGGCGGGGCGUCGCGGCGGCGGGGGCGCGGGCGCCGCGGGGAGGGAGGCGCGCGUGCGAGUGAGAGCGCAUCACUCGUCCUGGUCGCGUGCGGCCCCGCUCGCUGCUGCCGCGCCUGGGUUGUUGGUGUGCGCGCAUACGGAGCGACGCACGCAUUACCGGAUGCUGCUCAAUGUGACCCUUUCCGAACUUUGCCCUCAACUGACCAAGAUCGUGACUCUCCUCCCAUACUUCCUCGUAUACAAUGACACCCGUCGCCACCUCCGCUUCAUGGAGGAGAACGAAGCGGCUGACCUUUGGAUGGACCUGGCCCCGCAGCAGUGCGCCCCCUUCUGGCCGCAGACCGACUCCAUGAUGAUGCACUGCAAGUUCCGGGACUCCACUGUCGUGUCGCAGCACUUCCCCAUCACAAAGAGCCACUUCACCGUACUCAGAAUGGAUAAAGGGUCGGCGAUCUGCGUGGAGGUGACAGGGGGUACGGACCGGCCAUUCACGAUCACUUUCAAGCCGUACGCGGCGGGGGACGCGCCCGUACGCAUCGACAACCUGUGCGACGACUUGUUCCUUAAGCUGCAUCAGGCCGACUCGGGACAGGUUGCGCUACUGAGUCCAUACCAGUCGAUGCUCUAUACCUGGGACGACCCGGGCAAGGAGAGGAUGCUGUACUGGAAUAUCUACAAUAACAAGGGCAAAGGAUUCGUCGCUGACUUUGCCCAAGACGGAUUUGGUGAAGAAAAAGUCAGUUUCCAGUCUGUGAAGCAUUCCACGUUAGUAGCAACGAGCAGCGUCACCUCAAAACUAUCUUCGACCCUCAAACGCUUAACACCCAAAUCUCCAGAGCCAUGCUCCUCAAGUAGUGACGAUUCCGACAGCUCAGACCCACCCGAGAGCCACACGAAAGCCAAGAAAAUGAGGAAAGAUAAAGUGAUCGUUUACUGGAUUUCCUACAUGGAAGGUUAUCAAAGAGUCUUCGCUUUAGCACAAGACGAAAGAAUAGCUUACCAAUACCGAAUGAGAAUCAAUUCGGAGAGAACCAAUUACGAAGUUUACAUGUCCCUGUCAGGCCUCAGUCUAUCUGUUUGCGUGCAGAACAAUAACAACGUAAAGGAAUUGGCAUACACGAGUAUAACUGACUCCCUGCCGCGAUGGGAAGUGAACGUCAGUAGGAAAUGGAAGCAGCUAUCGCCCGAUCUGACAGCCUGGAUUGAGGACAAAUACCAAACGGACCAGAAGAAGUGCCAACUCAAAGAGUACAUAGACAUCGACUUGGAAAAAAUGCAAAUGACCAAACCUUUCUUCUCGGAGUUGCGAAGGAUUUAUAAUCCCGGCGUUUGGUUGCAGUUCCGCAAAUCGGACACACACUCAUACUUCCACAUGAAGGUGCAGAGGUUCCAAAUAGACAAUCAGUUACACGAAGCAGUGUUCCCGAGUGUGAUGUAUCCAGCUCCGUUGCCAGCUGAAGCAAGAUCGAGCAGGGGACUGAAACCUUGCCUCGAAUUCGAAGCUUUGAAACAGCACAGGCCUAGUCUAAACCAAGACGUUUAUAAGCAUGUGAAAGUUUUAGUUAGAGAAUUCUGCGUAAAUUUGGAUAGAGGAUUCGUGAAUCAUGUAUUCGAUAUUUUAAACCAUUGGAAGAUUGAAGAGAAGCCAGCGGUUAGAUUGCGAGCUGAUUUAGCUCUAGUUCACAUGCCUUUACCUAUUAUAGCGAUAAAGAGUCAGACGACAGCGCAGAGGAACGUCGUGUUUGAAUACGUACACCUGUCCCCUAUAAAAGUGGUGCUCAGUUUAUCAUCGAGAGGUUAUUUGGCUGAAACAAAUAGCCCGAGUCGAUCGAGAUUCGGAAACAAAAAAGAAAAUAGGCCUAAAUUGUUCAACAGUGAUUUGUUGGAGUAUUUGUUUAAUUCCUGGGGUUCUUCACUCUGUGAUAUGAAAGAUGUAGUUUUAAGAAUGGCUUAUCUGGAGCUACGCAACGCUCCAAUCACAAUCCCGGCUCUAAUGGACAUGGCGUCGCGCCACUACUGGACGCAGCUGGUGCAGCAGUUCCACGUGCUGGUGCUGGGGCUCAACAUCCUCGGGAACCCCUACAGCGUCAUAGGAGACUUCUCGAAAGGCAUGAGGCAGUACUACGAACCUUACCUCGGUGGUAUAGGUGCCCGUGCGAUGGACAUCAGUAGACGGGUCGGGGAAGCCGCGGCGGCCAUGUUGGGCCACAAAGCGAGCGCCGGCGCGCAACAACUGUUCCAAGCCACGCCGCGCGUGCGCACUACGAGUAAGAGAUCCGAUUUAUGUCGAGAGGCUGCGCGCGCGUCUCUGUCCCGUCAACUUGGCGCUAACAACGCUGAGAAUGCCCUGAAAGCCUGCGUGGAGAGAAGUGGCGGAAGGCUAGUGGCACGACAACGCUUACCUAGGCAUUGCACUUUGAUAGAAGGCGUCACUCCAUACUCUCAGCACGCGGCGCUAGGGCUGCAGCUUUUGACUCUACUCGGGCGAGGACAUUACGUUGACACAGACGUUUAUAUUGCGCACGCGCAUCUGGGGCCAAAGUCUAAUUGCACGCUGCUGAUAUCCACACAACACAUAUUCAUGGUGCGCGCGGGCAGCGGCGGGUCGUGGCACGCGGAGUGGGCGGUCACCAUCGAUGACGUCAUCGACUCGCCGGCUAUACAGGGUGACCGGCUCGUGCUCAACAUCAAGCAGGACGAAAUGGUGAACUAUUUCUCGACAGAUGAGAAAGUCAUCGAAGUAUCAGAUCCCGAAAUUCUGACCUGGCUCAAGUCCAAAAUAGAAACUGCCCUAAUCCUUUCAUUAGAGGACAAGCGAUGCCCUAAUGAAUAACAACACACGGUGACUGUUAACAAAGACCAAAUACCGAUAGACGAAAAGACUUAACCCAUCUUCUUAUAAAUCGUAGACUAACUUGAUCUGCAAGAAUCCGAGCACGAUGCCAAAAUUCUCAUUUCUUUUAAAUAGCAACGCCAUCUUUUUAUACAAGCUUAAUAAGACCCACCUUAUGGUAAGCGGCAACCAUAAACUAUAAAAGCUUACGAUGCCAAAGAGAAUCAAUCCUGCGUUGUCUACUCAGAUCCCAUGCUGAAGUCAAAGCUUGGCACUCAAAUUCAGAAUAUGGGAAAUCUGAUGGUCCCAACCUUUCUUGACUUCUUAGAAGAUAUUCUUAGGUUAUAUCGCUUAGCUGAUGAAACACACCAUUUAAGAACUACAACUGAAAUAAGGGGACAUAAAAAAAAAGAUAUAACUCUCAGUAUUUUGAGUCUGGAUAACGUAUUAAAACGUACAGGAAAACUUAGUAAUAAGCUGUUGUUAAUGUUAAAAUAGAAAAAUGAAAUAUUGUAGCUAAUUGUAAUCAAUGUAAUUGAGUGUUUAACAAUCUUCAAUUUUAUGUUCGUCAAUUCGUCCAUCUUGUGGGAAACAACAACAUGGCGGGCCCGGACAUAUCAAUCGGCAAUUGAUUUGUUUUAUUGUUUGUGGACAAUAAAUAUCUUACUUGUACUUUGUAAUAAUUUUUCACGUUUAAUAUUUACAAUGUUCGAACAAUUAAUGCGUAUUGAUUAUCAGCCAUUCCUGCAUUAAAAUCAUGUUUUUUUCUCUCAUUGUGUGUUACAUCUUAUUGAUCUCCUAAUCUAGUCAUUUGACUAGAUAAUUAUUUUAUAGGAUUUACACAUCGUUACGAUUACGUUGUUAUGUUGCUGCUUGUGAUAGUUUUUAAGAGAUUUAUUAAUCCCGCGCGUGAACAUCGACAGAGUUAUAAUUUUAUAAUGUUUUUAAGUAUAUUUUGCAAUACAUAGGUACUUUUAAUUAUAUUUAUUAAUAUAAUUAAAUACGAAUAAACGCACAUUAAGCCAUUGCUGAUUAUUUAAAAUACAGAAACAUUCUAAACUAUAUUUUGAAAUUGUUGGCGCCCAACGUGUAACUUUCAAACGUUUUUUUUUUUAGUUAUGAGCGUUCAAAACGUCACAAUUAAAACAUAGCUUCCUUACAUUUAUCUUAAACUGUUAAAUGUUUGUGUGCAUACUAUAGUAAACAGUGCAAUUUUCUAGCAUUGCCUCAUCUUUCAUAUAAAAUUUUAAUGAUAUACAUUAGCUAGCAUUAAUGAAUAUUGAGAGUAUUUUCAUAUGUAAUGGAUUCGCUUACACGUUAUUCUACUAUGUUAUUGAUGUCUAUGUUACGUUAGGUAUAUUAAGGACUCAUUUUUGUUGAACGUUCUUCAGUACUGAAAUCGGCUGCUUAUAAUUGAGAGAUAUUAAUUUUGCCCUUAUUAGCUAAGAGUUUUUUCAUAGCAUAAUACAUAUUGCAUUAAUACCAAAUACUUGUCCAUUUGUGCAAUCGGGACCACAAAAGAGGGUGGAAUUUGGUAUAAUUUUACUACAAUUAUCGCUCUUAUAGUCCUCGUCUCAUCAUUAUGCCUAAACAGUAGGGCACGGUAUUCCUAAACAUUUCUAAACUUUGUUAAAUCAGUUUUUAUAUUUUUUGUAUUUAUAGUCAUAAUUUUUAUAUCAUUUACAUUUGUAAUGGAAAGUGACUUCAUGAGUUA